GUCCGCAACCUACUAUCGCUGAGAAGUAUAAAAAGCGUCGAGGCAAUUCUAUUUUAUUUCCUCACCUUGCGCAUUCAGUCUGUCGCUGCCAAACAAAAAAAAAUCCAGUACGCUUUUUAAUAUCAUUUCUCCGUUCUCCAACCUCCCCGCCUCACUCUCUCAACACCCCUUCACCACCACCACCACCACCACCACCAUGCACUCCAUCGCCAUCCUCAGCAUCGCCGCCCUCGCUGGCUUGUCCGCCGCGCAAACCGCGCCCCAGUUAAACUACCCAUACUCCAUCGAUCCCGACACUGUCGACCAGUCCACCAGGGACUACUGGUGCCAACAAAACACGGCGCAAUGCCCUCUCAUUUGCCUGCAGCAACCCGGCGUAGAAUCCAUGACCACGGAGACAAACACAUGCGACUCUGACAACCUAACCUACCAAUGUGUGUGCGACAACGGCAUGGCACCGAAUAUCACACAGUACUCGCAGACGCUGCCGUAUUUCAUCUGCCAGCAGUGGGGCAACAAUUGUGUUUCAAACUGUAAUGGUGAUAACACUUGUCAGUCAAAGUGCCGACAAGACCACCCCUGUGGUGCCCAAUCCCCCUUCAAAGGCAACACCUCCCUCCCCACCACCAUGGCCUCGACCGCCGCUCCCACAGGCUCAGCUACAAACGGUAUCCCCGUCACUGGGUUCGGAGGUGCUGCACCAACGGGUUCUAGCAACAACAACUCUCCUAACCAGGGUGGCGCGGGAACAACUAUCUUCAUGCCGAAUGCGGGACUUGGUCUUGCUGCGCUGUUUGGCAGUGUGUUUUUUGGUUUUGCCGUCUUGUUGUAGGGGAUGUGUUGGGGAUGUGAGUUUGGUUUAUGCAUAGCGUGUUUGCGAUCUUUUUACGCGUUUCUUGAGUUUUCCGGCAUGGCAUUUGCAUAACAGCAUCACAGCACUACGCAUUGGAUCUAUACCCUCGGGGUAUGCUCAUCCAACCCUUUCGCUCAUUUCAUGGCCGCAUUUGCAUAUUGGGGUUUUACGGCGCUUUCUUUACUCAUUCACUCCUUACUGGGGGAUUGCAUACAAGGAUACAUACAUAAUACUGGGUCUAUUUCGAUGAGAUGGAGAUGAGAUGGGGAAACGGCCUUGGUCUAGUAAUGAGAAUAGCGAAGUGGUUAAUACGCAAAUAAAACACCAUGUCGAUG